AUGAAUACGAUUAUUAGGAGAUGCUUUUUUGAUUUGGGGAAAACUGAGCUUUUCACUCAUAAGACAGUGCUUCACUUCAAUAAAUCUCCUAUAAUAGCGUAUAACACAGUUGCAGACAUGAACAGCUACCCAACUUUUGUUCCUUGGGUUACCGAAUGCAGAGUCAGUCAAAAGUCAGCCAAUUACGCAGAAGCCAAUAUGACAAUCGGCUUCCCUCCAAUUACUCAAACUUACCUAUCCAAAGUAACACUAGCGAUGCCAUCUAAAAUUGUAUCAGUUUCCAAUAAGAACUCUGUUUUCGAAGUCCUUGAAAGCAUAUGGGAAUUCUAUCCCGAAAAAUCUGAGCUGGCAGGCUCAGCAGACGAUCAUGUGAAGCUAACAAAAUGUGAAACUCAUUAUUCAGUGAAAUUUAGGUUUAGUAAUAUAAUGUAUCAAAACCUCUCAACCUUGGUUUUUCAGAAGGUUUGCCAUGAAACUGCGAGCGCAUUUACUAAAAAGAUCAAUGCAGUCAAUGGAAAUAUUGAGUGUUUAUAUGAUAAGAAAAACCAGAAGUUCCUUACUGAAGCCCAUAUAGGUAUAUAA